ACCAUGAAGUUAAGUCUGCUGUUCCUGCCGCUGGCGCUCCAUGCGUGCUCAUGCGCGAGGAUCCUCGGCAUCAACCCGACGGCGUCCAUCAGCCACCAGCUCCCCUUCCUCAUCAUCAUGCGAACUCUUGCAGAGAGGGGACACCAUGUCACCAUCAUUACCACCAACCCUAUAAAGGAUCCACCUCCAAACACAACUCAGGUAGAUUUAUCAUUCAUGUAUGAUGUGAAGAAACAACACGACUUCUACAAAAUGUCUCUACUUUCAAAAGAGGAAUUCACUGAGAAGAUGAUUCAAGCUGCUAAAAAUAGUUGUGACCUUCAGUUUAAAACCCCCGGUAUAAAGGAACUUCAAUUUGAGAAGAAAUUUGACUUGGUGGUAAUGGAAAUGUACCUACAGUUUUGUUACCAUGGCCUUGUGCAUAAACUGGGGUCUCCACCGGUUGUUGGUAUUUGGUCGGCAGAAAUAUACCCACAGCUACAUCGUAUGAUGGGCAAUCUAGUUCAUCCUGCGUAUAUGCCAGAGCUUGAGACAACCUACACGGACCACAUGACAUUCUGGGAAAGACUUGACAAUACUUAUCAAAUACUAGACGCGUUUUGGCUUGCUAGAAGAUAUACAGCGGCUCAAAAUGAAGUAAUGUGGGAACAUUUCGGAAACGAUGUUCCCAGCAUCUUUGAAUCGCAGUACAAUAUCAGUCUCUUGCUCGCAACAACUCACUUCUCCUCCUCUUAUCCAAAGCCGAUGCAACCCACUGUGGUACAAAUGACUGGACUCCACAUUAAAGGAAAGCCUAAGCCGCUACCGCAGGAGAUACAGUCCUUCCUGAAUGGUGCGAAAUUUGGAGCCAUAUACUUCAGCCUUGGCUCGAAUGUUAAGAGCAGAAAUCUGCCAGAGUCUAUACGACAAGCACUGAUGGACGCCUUUUCCGAAAUUCCGCAAAAGGUCCUUUGGAAGUUUGAGGAUGACUCUCUACCAGGGAAGCCAAGCAACGUCAUGAUCGCCAAGUGGUUGCCACAAGAGGAUGUUUUGUCUCACCCAAAUAUUCGACUGUUCAUCACUCAGGGCGGUCUUCAGAGUUUCAACGAGGCAUCCUAUUAUGGUGUGCCACUAGUCGGAAUACCUUUCUUUGGUGAUCAAGCAUACAAUGUGGCAAAAAUGGUCAGCGCUGGAAUUGGAGUCAAGCUGGACUUUCGAACCAUCACCAAGCAGUCUGUCCUCCAAGCCGUGCGGACCGUUCUGGAGGAUCCCAGCUACCAGGAGAAUAUGAAGCGCUUUUCAGCCGUCUACCGGGAGCACCAGAGCACGUCCCUGGAGAAUGCAGUGUGGUGGGUGGAGUACGUGAUCCGCCACCAGGGGGCGCCUCACCUGCGCAGCGCAGCCCUUGACCUGCACUGGUGGCAGCUGCUACUGCUCGACGUCUUUGCCUUCAUACUGGCUGUGGCGGCCUUGGCGGCAUUUGUACUAUAUAAGUUGAUUCGGUGGUUGUUGACUUUGCUCUCUCGACCCAGCAAACAAAAGGAACAAUGAGACUGUUGCAGUAGCACAUGUUAGUGGUCUGACAUACACCAAGCUGACUACAGAUUGUCUAGCAGACUAAAACUGUACUGUGAAAAAAAUAACGUAUGUGAAACGGAAAAAACAGGUAAAGACGUUGGUUUAGUUAGAAAUAUGUGUGUGAGGCUCAUAUCCUAGUUUUUAAAACACAGAUUUCUUAAAAACUUCCAGACAUUGGUCUCUGGAAAGAAAUCAAAUGUUGAAAGUUUCAUAUCAGCGCACACUCCGCUGCAGAGUGAAAAUCUCAUUCUGGAAAUCAAAUGUUGAAUGUUAUACUUAAUGAAAAACUGCUUUAUUGAUGAGGUUAACUUAACUUGUGAAAACCGAGAUAUACUUCUAUAGUUCCUGUGAAUGUAUAGUACAAUGUAUCUGGUGUGUACAUUAUUUAUUACACGAUUUUUACCGUGUUUGAAGUUGAUAGUGAAUUGUUUAUAACUCGAAAACGCGACGUGCGAACUGGUGGUGGCUGCUAUAUCAGAUGGUUUGGAUAUCGAUAUGUGUUAUAGGGAUUGUACAGUUACACCACCAACAGCGCGCAGAUCACUGCGUUUACACAGUGAGGGGCGCUAUAAGCCAGGCACACACCUCGACUAAAGAUGCGGAGGCCCACAUACCAAGAACUACUCCACAUCUGCCAAAGACAGGUCGCUACCGGAGUAGUCCACGUUGGUGGACAAUUGUCAAGCCUAUGGCCAAGGAUGCUUAACUUUUUGGACUACUUCAAUCAAACCAGUCAGUCGCAGCAGACUCAGCAACAACAACAACAACCUCAACAUAAACAGCUCCGUCCACAGCCACGACGUUUCUCCCAGACUCAAUGACGGACUUUAGCGCAGAUAGCGAGCCCUGAACCACAACCACAGCACCUUGAAAACGACUUUACAAACGACAUGGGCCCCAUCACACCUGCUCUUACAGAUAUUCGGAAACUGCAGACAAAGCUUCAGCAAAAUCUUCAAAGCAUACACACCCUUUUUGAAUGUUUAAUAAAAGCAGUCGUCUCGUUCUGAAAUGGCCAGGAGACAACUCACCAUUCACCUCUGUUUCUGUGUACGGAAAGCUGCACGAAAGACGGAACGUCAAGACUUCAUUUCCAACUACAGAAUAGAUGUAUUUGUUUCCGAGACGCAUCUAACGGAAACCACGCCGUUCAAACUGCGGAACAUGCAGGAAUGUCGGGUGGGUAGAGCUGGCGGCAGAGGAGGAGGCACUACGGUAUUUAUCAAGAUCACCUUCACACUCUCCAUUGAAUACUUACGGCCUAUGAAACGCUUGGAAGCGACAGAUAUCACAGUCCGCACGGUCGUCGGAAAAGUAACUCUUGUUAUGACAUACUUAACAUCUAAAAAGGAACCCAUUCUGGAUAAUCUCCGUCUACUGACUGCUGCAAAUUUGAGCGUGAUGAACAUGGCCUGGCAUUCCCAAAGGCCGAAUCCUGUACGAUCUGUAACAAAGAGCUGACGGCAUGCGGACCACCACGACCAAUGAGGAUAGCUCGUUUUUGCCAUCACAUGGCCGAUGUUUUAGAUAUUCACAGUGUAAAAAAAUCUCCGUCGUAACCUUUAGCUGAAGACCAUUAAUGACCUCUCCUGUCAUCAUCUGCCGGUUGUUGGAGUCAUUGAACGUCGAGCAUUUCCACACAAACUUCGCGUCAUGAGAAUAAUCAACUGAGACAAGUUGAACAGUAACAAGGUUAGACCAGCCCAGAAAGUGAGACCAAGGAAGGUACUGACGACGCCACCCAACCACCCAGUAACAAAAUCCGGUCAGCUGGCAAACAGGCAUUCACUACUACAGUGAUGCUCGAUCUGAACAUUACACCAUUUCCACCGUUAUUACAAUAAUUAAACAUCCAAAGGAACUGGAAGCAAUAUAGGAAUUUUGUUCACAGUCAGUAAAUAAACAACCUAUCAAGAGAGCUCCGACAACGAGCUGUAGAAUGGAGGCAGGAAUGUUGGGAUGAUAAGACAGCACAUGCCUCCUCAACACAAAAGAACAGACUGUCAGACGCCUCUGAUUAUCCCUACCUGCCAAGCGUGCAAUACAAGAUCCGAGUGGAUUUCCUUAAAACCACCAGCAAAAGCAGAGCUCUAUGCAACUGUCUACGACCAGCAGAAGAUGCCUCGCCCUCAACCGCCGGCCUGGCACGAACAACAUCUCGGACAGGAAGGAGAACGACUAACGCAACUCCUCAUUGAAUGUAGAUUACAACUGCUGCAAGACUGACUUACACUGGCGACCCCUCAGAAGGUCAAGAAAAUUAUCUGCGAAACCAACCUGGCCGGGACUAUAUCGGCGAUGUAGACCUAAGGUAUUUGCCACUAAAGCUUACAAAGCUGCUUACAAGGAUGAUUAAUAGCUUUAUUUUAUUGGGCUGCUUACCAGAGACCUGGAAGAUAGAUCAAGUCAUCCCAGUCCCAAAGCCUGGGAAAUAUCUUUGAAAACACGAAAAUUAUCGCCGGGUAAUGUUACUAUCAAUGAUAGGAAAAAUACAUGACAGAAUUUUCCUCAAUAGAAUUACCGCCCGACUGGAGCGAAACAACCAUAUUCGCGCAGAACAGUUCAAUUUCCAAGCAAAGUUGUCAAAAAACUUCAUCUUAUCCGGAUAACAGAAUAUCUCCAAUCCAACUUCAAUAGGUCCAUCCAUCACUGGGCGUCAUUAUAGACACUGAAAAGUCAUGUGACAAUGUAUGAUGCCUGAACCUCCAGGAGAAACUUUCAACAAACACUCCCAUUCAAGAAUGGAAUUUUCACUCUGCAGCGGAGUGUGUGCUGGUAUGAAAGUUCUCGGGAAGGAAUACGGAGGUGGAAGGAACAAGGACACUCAUAGUGUACUAUAUCUUAGAUAUCUGAGUAUGCACUAUUGUUCUUAAAUGUACACAGUUCUUUUGGUAUGGCUGUAAUGCUCCUUACAUUAAGAAAACCACAGCUCAAGUGUGUCUACUACAGUAGGUGGUAUCCACUUGUAACAAAACUUAAUGCCUUAUCUGUGUGAAUACUGUCUCUAACUAUAAAUAAAUGAUACUCUGUAUUUGUUAAGACGCAGAAAUAAACUACGGAAG